AUGACUGUCACAACGUCUACGCCCGCAGAGGGUCACCUGCGUCCACGGUUGUCGAGGUUGACAAUGGUCGCCAUGACCUUUGCCAUCCUCAAUACGUGGAUCGCGCUUGCUGGCUCAAUCGGCCUCAUUCUGCCAUCGGGUGGCUCAGUGGCUUUUCUCUACGGCUUCAUCUUUUGUGUCCUGUGCAACUUUGCCUUGGGUGCCAGCUUGGGCGAGAUGGCUGCAAUUUGGCCCACGGCUGGUGGUCAGUAUCAUUUCGUGUAUGCCAUCUGCAGUGAGAAGUGGAGGAAGUCAAUGAGUUUUUGGGUUGGCUGGACGAACAUCGCUGGAUGGCUCACUCUUGUCACAACAGAGGGAUUCUUUGCCUCGCAAUUUAUCUCUGCUGCUGCCGUGAUCGCGUCAAAUGAUGCGUACGAAGCAGAAGCUUGGAAGACUUAUCUGAUCUUCCUAGCUAUCUUAACUUUUACGACUGGAGGCAAUAUUUGGGGUAAUAAGAUCUUGGGCAGAUGGAAUGAUGCUGCGUUAUACUGGUCUCUUCUGGGAGUUGUUAUCAUCAGCAUCGUCCUGCUCUCCACUUCCAAGAAGACCAAGGCGGAUUUCGUCUUCACUGAGUUCCAAAACGAAACUGGCUGGUCAGAUGGCAUGGCUUGGAUCCUCGGUCUUUUGCAAUCGGCGCUGUCUCUUAUCGGGUUCGACGCUGCUCUUCACAUGACUGAAGAGAUGCCACGGCCGGCUGUCGAUGCACCUCGUGCUAUCAUGUAUGCAGUGGCUGUCGGCGGUGUCACCGGCACAGCCUUCAUUCUCGUCAUUCUCUUCUGCCUCGUCGACCCAGACACGGUCCUCUCCACCUCGAGCGGCAUGCCCAUCUCCGAGCUCAUCCUCCAGGCGACCGGCAGCCGCGCCGCCGCAACGAUCCUGACGCUUAUGCUUGCCAUUUGCUUCAUCAACGGCACCAACGGCUGUAUCACCAGCGCCUCACGCCUCAUGUACGCCAUGGCGCGCGAUAAAGGCAUCGUCUUUCCGCAGUACUUUGCCCACAUCAGCCCCACGCUCGACGUCCCUGUGCGCACACUCGUGCUGUGCUUCGUGUUUAACGUGUUAUUUGGAUUGCUGUACCUUGGUCCGAGCGUUGCGUUCAGUGCGUACGCGGCGAGUUGUACGAUUUUCUUGAACGUGUCGUAUGUGGUGCCAGUUAUUGCGCUGAUUGUGAGGGGGCGAAAGGUGCUGGCGCCGUUUCAGCAUGGCAGGUCGCUGUUUAAGCUGGGUGAUCACAGUGGUAUUGUGAUUAAUUGGAUUGCAGCGAUUUUCGUCGUCGUAACCUCUGUUUUCUUUUGCUUCCCCACCAUUCUGCCCGUGUCCGGUUCGGUUAUGAACUAUGUAUCGGUCGUCAUUGGAAUUUUCCUCGUCGUGAUUAGCAUUUAUUGGGUUGUCUACGGUAAACGCUUUGAAGGACCGAAAUUCGAUAUCAUCAUGGGUCACCAGCCUGGUGAUGUGGAGACGCCGCAAAGCAUUGAGGAGACAUCUGAGAGUGGGGAGGUUAAAGUCAAGGCUUGA